AUGCAAUCGGGACAGACGGCAUUAUCUAAGAUGCCGCCGAAUAUGCCCGCAAAACUCGACAACGCCAUGAGACCCGUCGCUUAUGUAUUCAGCCGAUGUUGCAAUUGUGUGGGUGUGGCCCCUAUGGCCGAGAAUGUUCAUCUCGGCCUCCGGCAGGAGAAGGCUGCUGUUCCAGAUUCUACGCCACGACGAGAACGCAAAACCUUCUUGAACGCUCAGGCCACUCGACAUAUGGCCUCUUAUCUGAACAUUGAAGUACACUGA